GCCGCACAAAUUUUGGCAAAGGAAGGAGCGAGACGAGCGCCGGAGCCGGGGCGGGCGGGAAGGGGGGACGCGAAUAAUACCACCGGCCCAGCGCUCCAUGAGCCGCCGCGGCAUCUCCAGGACCGAUUGGAACCCAACUUUGGUGGGGCACCCACCAGUCGGGCACCGGAGAUGCAGGCUGCGGCGGCGGCGGCGGCGUCGACCUGGGCGCCGGCCACCUCCUCCUCCUCCUCCUUCAAGCCCUGCAGGGUCGCGGCGUGCUCGCGCGGGAGGAGAGCCGCCUCCUCCUCCUUCAAGGCCGGCGGGGUCGCCUCGUACUCGCGCGGGAGGAGAGCCACCACCUCUGCCGCAGCAAGAUCCGCCGCCGUGUCCACUCGCCGCCGGCAGCCGCAAGCUGUUGUUCAACCCAUUGCCGACCCAACUCCGGUGGUCCAUUCACCGUUAACCGCUGAAAAUGUCGAGCUUGUUCUGGAUGAAGUGCGCCCGUACCUUAUCGCUGACGGAGGUAACGUCGCCUUCCAUGAGAUCGAUGGGAAUGUGGUGAGGCUCAAGCUGCAGGGAGCAUGCGGGUCCUGCCCCGGCUCGGUGAUGACGAUGAGGAUGGGCAUUCAGCGGCGCUUGAUGGAUAAAAUACCACAGAUUGUUGCAGUCGAAGCUAUCACCGACAAGGAGACUGGGCUUAAGCUCAAUGAAGAGAAUGUCGAAAAGGUACUCGAGGAGAUCAGACCAUACCUUGCCGGCGCAGGAGGCGGUAAGCUCAAGUUUGUCGCAGUCGAGAGGCCCUUUGCGAAAGUCCAACUCACGGGCCCUGCAGCAGAUGUGGCGAGCGUUCGUGGAGCAGUAGCUCAGAAGCUCAGGGAGAAGAUACCAUCCAUUGCAGCUGUCCGUCUAUUGUCGUAAACUUGAACUGCAAAACAAAACUGUGAAUAUCUCUGGUUAUCCAGGAAACUUUUGUAAAUGUGUCAUCUGAUCAGAUCACCUCUGUAGCCAUUAGCCUCAACGAGAGUUUCUCAUCUCUAGUCAGAUAUUCUUUGUGACUAUUGAUGUGAAAUGCUGUAACAAGGUUCUUUUUGGUCUCUUCCUCUUGGGAAGGAAAUGGAAAAGGUGAAUUUUGGUCGAAA